GAGAGAACCGCUUCGUUUCUUUCUCCUCUCCCCAAUCUCCUCACUGUAUUGCUCUUCAGUCGAUCCAAUCCGUUGACCUAAUUCGAUCGAUACAUUUAUUAUCUUCAACCAGACCCGUUCCUUUCGCCUCUGUUGGCAAUAGUGAACGAGGAACUACAAUUUGGUUAGAUCGGUAACAUAUUGAAGCGAAGAAUGUGGAGUUUAUUGGCAGAGGUGAAGAAGGGUGGGAGUGAUAUCGGAGACUGCAAAGGAAAAGAUGUCUGGGUAUUAUGAAGUUGUUCCAUGCAGCGUGAAGCGUGAUCCGGCUGCCAUGAUAAAAUUGAUCCAAUGGACUGCACUCUGGAGCUUGACAAGUCCCAAUCAAUUUGGGGGCAAGAGAUCUCAGUUGCCUAUGAAGUUGUAUUUGUGAGAAUUGACAUCGGAUGUCUCUUAAGGUGGGAUACAUGCCUCAGGAUGGAGGGUGAUCGGGCUUGUUGUUAUAUGCAUUUUAAACGUCAUACUGUGAGUCAGCAAGAGAACAGGAGUUCUUCCAAUCUCAUUGUUCUUAGAUCUUUUGUCCUUGUGGUACUCGAUCUUGAUGCCACAUAGCAUUUUGGGUGGGUUACUGACGCACUUUGGCUUAGCAUAUUCAGCACUAUGUGCAAAAGAACCAGAUAACAAGAUAAAUUUCUUCUAGGUAGUAUCCAUUGUGGACUCUUCCCUUUGGAUCCCUCUUUGUUAAACUUUUCUUCGUCCUUCCUAGCAUAUGGCUUGGAGGGUCCAUUAUGUGUUUGGAUUCCUACUCAUAGUCCUAUUGCUGGUCAGUGUCUGUGCUGAAGUUUCUGUUGUCCUAAAUUACAUGCAUCUUAGCACGGAGGAUUGGCAGUGGCGGUGGAAAGUUUUCUUUGCUUCUGGAUCAGUUGGGUUGUUUAAGUUAUCAUGCUCCACCAGCUACUCGGUAUUUCAACUCAGGAGUUUCAGUGGGCCUGUUUUAUCUAUAAUGGUCUGUACCUUGGCUGUUCACUGGUUAUGGCUCAUUCUAUUUCAUCUACUGGCACCAUAUAUUAUUCGGUUCCUCAGCAAAAUGUGCUGUAUCAAUGAAAAUAAUGUGAGUUGCUUGUGCUUUGAAAGCAACCCACAAGCUUUGUAAGAUUCUUGAAUUUACUGUGGAUGUCCUGAUGGUGAACAUCAAGCACCAUGGACACAUACAAACAAGCAUUGUUGGGGAUACAGUGAAAACAGCUUUUUUUUUCCCUUUAGGUGGUACUAUGGAAUGUUGAAAGUUGAAACAGCUCUCAUUUGUUUUGUAUUAAUGCUAAAACAGCUUUUAGUUCAGAAUUAUAUUGUCCUUUUUUUCCCCAGUUUAUGUCUUGAUGGUACCGAUAAGCUGCUGACUGAUCUGAAUCCAAUUUGAAAAUUUGGGUAAAGAUAUACUGAUAUUACUGGAGGAGAAGGUGGGGAUGACAACAACAACAAAUGCACCGACCGCUCCACUGUGCAAGAGGGGUGUUCACAGCCCGGUGGGACCUCCUGCCAUGAUGCAUUGUCGCAGGAGUGGGUGAGCAUGACAGUGGCAUUUGUACAAACUACUGCCGAGGUAAAAAAGAUGUGAAGUGCAUCCAUGCCAAUGCACACACACACAUAAACAAGUUGACAUUUGAGCUUUCAUGUCAAGCAACUCAUUAUGGUUAUGGAAGAGUGUUGAGGAAGCUUCACAUGUUCAGUCAAAGUUUGUCCAUCCCUGGGGAAGGCAGCAUUUGCUCAGCCCUCCGAUUCCUUCGUACUCCCAAAAAAGAGAGAGAUCACAUGGGGUGUUCAUCUCUUUCUCUCUGUCUCUCUGCUCUCUCAGUCACAUUUAUAGAGGCCUACUAUCUCCCUCCACCAACCCAUUCAUUUUCCUUCCAUAAACCACCGUUACCACCUGCAAUCCCUCUUCAUCAGCUCGCUCACUCAUCCAUGGGCUUCCCCUCCGUCUGCUACACCGUCAUCCUGCCGCGACCGGUCGCCUUCGUCGUCAACCUCCUCGACCGCAUCAAGCUCGCCGUCUCCAUGGCCCUCUUCUACCUCGGCCUCGCGACCUCCUACGAGGACUACUUCGCCUUCCCCCUGCAGCUCCCCGACCUGCCCUCCCCCCUCUCGCUUCCCUCUCCGCCUUCCGCCAUCAAGACCAGGCUCCCCGUCGUCAGGUUCUCCACCCUCCGCCCCAGCUCACACCACGGCGGCGAAGCCAUCUGCGCCGUCUGCCUCGGCGCCUUGGAGGGCAAGCACGAGGUCAGGGAGCUCGGCAACUGCUCCCAUGCCUUCCACAAGGCCUGCAUCGACAAGUGGGUGGACAUUGGCCAGCUCACCUGCCCUCUGUGCCGAGCUCAGCUGUUGCCCAACGGAAGCGAGGAGGAGGAGGAGGAGCAGGAGGAGGAGGAGGAGGACGAUGCCGCGUUUGCUGAGCCUUCCCGAGGUUGAAGCCAAAGAAUAGCUAGCUGCAUACAGUGGGUUAAUACAGUGUUCUUGUACCCUGAUGAACCAUAAUUUACCUACCUCAAGAGGCUUAUGUACAAAGUUGGUGCUAAGACUGACGAGUCACUCGAAAUCCUUUACUCUUUACUGUGUUCUCUCGUUCGA